AUGUUCGCGCUUCGCCGCCAGGCCGCUUCCACCUCCGCUCCACUCCUCCGCCGCCGCCUCCUUUACGCCCAGCCCAAUCCCAUGCCCCCUCCGCCAACUCCACGGACGCCGUCCAACGAUGGCGCGUGGGCCUGGGCCGAGCGCGCGGCCAAGCUCUCCCUGCUGGGGUUCACCGGCGCCGCCACCGCCUGCGCCGUCAGGGACACCUCCGUCUUCCUCGAUCGCACCAGGGUGGAGUAUGUUUCCAACAAGGUAAUGGAGAUGGCUGCUCAGAACCAGCAGGUAGCGAGCGCGAUCGGCGGGCCUAUGACGCCGGGGUUCUGGCACAGCAUUUCCAUUGCCUGGAAGUGGAACCUCGCCAGGCAUUACCUCUCCGGCACUCUCCAGGUAUCCGGGCCCCAAGGAGACGGCCUUCUUACCUUCCAGGCGGUUCGCUCUAGAGAUAAAUCUUGGUUCCGGUUUCUACGGUACAGCGACUGGGAGAUACCCAUAAUGGAUGCCAUCCUUGAUGUUCGUACUGAUGACGGGAAGCACCAAAGAAUUACGGUAAGGAUUCCAGACAACAUGACUGCUCCACCACCUCAAGAGAAGACACGUUAUUUCGUCAUUACUCAGAACAUGAUCGCUAUCAAGAGGUGA